AAGGCCGCGCGCCAGGCCUGCGUGGCCGUCGCCUUCCGGGUUCGGUGAGGAUAGGACGCGACCGGAGAACCGGACUGGACCGGGCUGGACCGGGCAGGACCGGGCUGGAGGUCCGGAUCUCGAGCGCGCCGGGACGGCCCGGAAAGAGCGGCCGGCCGUUUGUGCCCAAAUAUGGGCUUCCUCCCGGCCAUAUAAGGGGACGUACGUCACGCAGGAGUCUUUAUAAAGCCGGAGAUCCUCGCUGACAGAAGCCAAGUUCAAGUUGAGAGCGGCGGCACGUGAACACACACCUGGAGGAGUUGUUUACCUUUUUUUUUCUCGUGACAACAUCAGUCUGACCCCCCCCCACCCCCACCACCUCCACCUCCACCCCCCCGCGGCUCUCCAGCCUCCAGCCUUGGCUUCCUCCGGGCACCACCGCACCCCCCAGAAGCAGCAGCCCGGUCCGAUCCCGCCGCAGGACCAGGACCAGAACCCGGAGAAGCGGCGGAGUUCCUCCACCUCCUCCACCUCCUCCACCGCUUCUCCCUGCAGAGAGAUGGCAGCGACCAAAGCGGAGCUGCUCCUCUCCGCGCUGCAGAUCUCCGAGCCGCUGUCCUGCCUCCAGCCGCUGCCCCCCUCUCCCCUGGACGGAUACUCCAAGCUGGAGGAGCUCAGCAUGCUGCUGCAGAGCGCCUCCUCCGCCUCCUCCGCCGGAGGAGCAGGAGGAGCAGGAGGAGGAGCAGGAGGAGCAGGCUUCCUGGAGGGGGAGACCGGGGAGUACGGAGAUGCGCUGUUGGACCUCCCAGACCUGCAGAGCCUCCUCCCCCUCACCCCCCGCCUCCCCCCUCUGGCCUAUAGCGGCCGCUUCACCUUUGAGCCGUCCACCCCAGCCUCAGGCGGCGGCGGCGGCGGCGGCCUGUGGGCGGAGCCUCUGCUCAGCCUGUUGUUCAGCAUGGCGGCCCAGCCUCCUGCUUCCUGUAGCUUCUCCAGCUCUUCAUCAUCAUCUCCCUCCUCCUCCUCGUCCCAGCUGAACUUCAGCUCCGCCAACGUCUCCUCCAUCUUCUCUGCGACGCCCACCUACACCUCGGCGGCCGGGUCCGACCCGCUGCUCCCGCUGCCCGACGCCCAGCCCGGCUUCCCGCCCCAGGGCCCGCCUCCUGCGUACCCCUCCUCCAGACUGGGCCUCCAGCAGUCCUCCCUGGGCGUGCCCAUGCUCCCUGACUACCUCCUGUCGCAUUCGCAGCCUCCGGUGGACAGAGAGCUGGACCAGAACCAGAACCAGAACCAGGACCAGGACCAGAACCAGGACCAGAAGGUGCAGCAGCCUCCGCUCACGCCGCUCUCCACCAUCAAAGCCUUCUCCUCGCAGAUCCCGCCUCCAGGCUCCGCCUACCAGCUGCCCAGGAAGCCCAGGAAGUCGCAGUGUAAGACUCCGCCCCACGAGCGCCCGUACGCCUGCCCGGCCGCCGGCUGCGACCGCCGCUUCUCCCGGUCCGACGAGCUGACCCGCCACGUCCGCGUGCACACGGGCCAGAAGCCGUUCCAGUGUCGCAUCUGCAUGCGCAGCUUCAGCCGGAGCGACCACCUGACCACGCACAUCCGCACGCACACCGGCGAGAAGCCGUUCGCCUGCGCCGAGUGCGGACGCAAGUUCGCCCGAAGCGACGAGCGCAAGAGGCACGCCAAGAUCCACCAGAGGCAGCGGGACCGCAAGGCCGGCAGGACCUCCGCCACCAGCUCGCCGGCCCAUAGCUCCUCCCCCACCCUCCCUCCAUCCUCCCCCAUCCUGCCCCUCCAGUAGAUCACAUCAACGCCGCCAUGUUGGCAGCAAAGUUGGCUUUUCCAGUCACAGCUGUGAGCUACUAACUAACUGCUCGUACCAGUUACAGCCUAAAGGACAGAACAGUCGGGGCCGAGCGAAGGAAGGGAAAUCGUUCUAUCGGACUCUGAACAUCCUCUCCCCAAGUCUGCAGAUGGUGAUAACUGCAAGGACACGAGGACACGGAGAGACAGAAGAGACAGAUUUCACUUUCUAUCAGGGACAGAAUCCAGUGUUUUCCAGCGUAGAGUCCGGGUCCAUCUGGACCAGGCUCUUCAGUGCUUUCAGUGACUCUGUAUUUACAGAGGCUGCAGGUCAGGAACAUGGUCAGAGCUCCACAAAAAGCCAACGUGGAGAAUGUGGAGCGUGAUGUGGAAUCUGCACUGGUCAGUUUGUAUCUGGUUAAAGUGCAGUAAACUCUGAAAUCAGCGCUGGCGCAUGAGUUUUCCUGCCCCCCUCGACCCACCGUGACCUCUGACCUCUGACUGACGCUCUCUUAACAUGAAGCUGACUUUUUAUUUUCAUGUGUGGAAGAGAGUGGCCGAGGGCCUGUACAUAAUGUUUACAUAACGUUUACGUGAACAUAGGUUUUACCUACUGAGUAGGUUCUGGGAUGUUUGUAUGUUUACAUGCAGCUUUUCUACAUGUUUCCUCUUUAAAGAAUAAAACGUCCAAAUCCUGA